AUGUCUCCUGAAGAUCUUGGCUAUCAGCUUAAUGCUGCUUACCUGGACAAACUCGUCAAUCACACGCUCACCCAGCUUGACCAGGUCGUAAGGGAUCGUGAGGAUCAGACACCCGACGUCGAGUUUGAUGGAGAACAUCCAACUCACUCAUUCAAGUUUGAAUGCGAGCAAAUCUCAGCAUGGUUUCAAGAUGAGGAGGUUAACACCCUUCGCGAGACGAUACAAGACAGCCACUACUGGGCAGCAGAAGCUCAUGCACUUGUGGAACUCUUAUUGGAUCAACUACAGAAAUCCCUGACCUUUUCAUUUGAGGGUGUAUUCGACAAGAUAGAGUUCAUAAGUGAUGAGCUCGCAGUAGAUGAAAUGGAUGCUGUGUAUGAGCAAAUGACGAGAAUAUCCCAAUACGCGGAAGGAGUCACAACACAACUUCGAGCAAAAAUUCAGAUCAAAUGGGCUUCCGAGAAUGCCGCCAGGACAGCAAGCCAGUGGCAGGAGAACGUCAGACUACUACAUCAUGUUUCUCAGGAGCUGGGCCUACGAUCCAAACAUAUCCAGCAGGCACGCCAGGGCAUCACCGAUGAACGAUACUGGCAGUCAACAGCAACCAGCUCAGCGGCAGCCUCAUCAUCUGUCACCGAAGCCGGCAUCAUCAGCACAAUCAACCAGAGUGCUGAGAGCUCGCACGCAUCCGCCCCCCAGGAAUCCGUCCCAGACGAAACAGCAAGGGGGUAA